AAUUCGAUUCCAUGCUAUUCACCGGUCGCUCGGUUGCUUGGUCUCGGUCUACGUUACUAGUACGUCUGUGUGCGUGUCAGUGUAUAGCCGAACUCACUUCAGUGGAUUCAGGGGGAUUUUCAUUUUCAAUUUUUAUUUUAGUUUGCGUUUAGUUGUCAACGCGUUGGUUUCGUAGAAGAAAGAAAAAGUUCUGCUUACGAGGAAGUGAAGAGGCAAUAAUAGCACAAAUUUCCAAAAAAAAAAGAUAUUUAUGAAGAAGAAUUUUAACAAGCAAUAGAAAAGAUAAUAAAAAGAAAAAAAGAAAAAUAAAAUAGAUUAAUUUAAAUUGGCGCGCGCUUUAAUUUUCAGCAAGAGCAAACACGAAAAAAGAUAUUUGUAAAAAUUCAGAAAGAAGAGUUACAAAAAGAAGAUAGGCUUAAGAACAAAGCCAAUACAAGUGAAGGAAAAUUUAUAUAAAAAUUUUUAAUUAAUAAAUUUAUUGAAACAAAUAAACAAAAACAGUUUGGAAACAUGUCAUUAUCUCUGGGAUAUAUCUUUGGAUUUCUUUUGGCCGCUGUCUUAUGCCUCAAUACAGCCGAUGCCGUUUUAAAGUGCUGGCGCUGUGCCACAGAUGUCUCCAAUGGGGAAUUCUGUAAUGACCCCUUCAAUCCCAGUGCCAUUACAGAGCAACAACGCUAUUGGAGCUAUGUCAACUGCACCUAUACGGCGGGUGUAAGGUCAGUGAAUGCCAGACCCGUGUGCAAGAAACUUGUGCAGGAAGUUUACGAUAAACGUGUCAUAACACGUUCCUGCUUCUAUGAGGAUGUGGAUGACCCGGCAGAUAAGUGUGCCCGCGACACCACUUCAUCGUAUGUGAAGACCAUCUUUUGUGAGACUUGCAGUAGUGAUGGCUGCAAUGGUGUCUCAGGCCUUAUGCCCUAUGCAACGCUCUUGGGACUAACAGCUGUCAUAGUGAACUUAAUCAAAUAAAUUCGCAUUGCAAGUGCAACGUCAUUUGUCUAUUGACGCCAACAGGCAGCUAUGAGUUAUGCUCCUGUGUAGCAAAAUGCGCUUUAAAUUGAAUCUCUCUUUCUUUGGAAACAACAUCAUUGAUAGUCCUUAAGUAAAAUCACCAGAAUUUUGUAAAAAAAAAAAAAUAAUUUUUUCAUGCGCAACACUUAUUCAUAUGGUAAUUUCUGUUUUCAUUUGUAGCAAGCUUUAAUUAAAACUAUUUAUUUAUAUAUCCUGAUUGUGGAAGUCGAAGAAAAUAUGGUUUCAUAUCAAAUUAUUAUUGUAGAGACACAAAAAGCUAUUCCCUCAUUGUAGAAUAUUUGUCACUCAUUUAACUACACCCUAUCACAUUUUCUCAAAAUGGCACCUAACAAUUAGCAUUUUUUUUUUGUACAAUAUCCGAAGUAAACUCA